UCGAACAUAAACCGGGAAACUGUGUUGUCGAUGUUUCUGGAAGAUAUUAAAAGUAAUACAGGAUGGACAUGACGACGUGUUUGAAGUCUCUGCUGUUGGCCAGCCAGCAGUACCGGGACAGCAGGACGGAUCAGCACGCAGCGCAGCUGCAGCGGCAGGUGGAGGAGAUCUCUGGUCUGCAGUGUGACCAGCUGCUGAGCUCCGGCCAGGUUCUGCCCAGAGAGUGUGUGAGCGGGCUGGUGGAGCUGGCUGGAAACCCAAACACCAGUCCCACCCUGACCAGCGCCAUCGUCUCCCUGCUGGCCCAGCUGGCCUGCGAUCGUCCCAGUCGGGAGAUUCUUCACAGCAGCUACAACGUCACCAGCACGUUGGCGGCCAUAAUCCACUGCCGCGGCGGCGCCGCAGGAGAUUCUCUGGUGCUGCAGUGUCUCCAGGUGCUGCAGAAACUGACAUACAACAUGCGCAUCAUCCAGUCCACGAACUACAUCCACGAGCUGGUGACGUUUCUCAUGAGCAGCAUUCAGUCUCACAAUGAAGACGUCCUCCUGCCGUGUCUCGGCCUCAUGGCCAAUCUUUGUCGAGACAACCACUCGGUGCAGACUCACGUCAAGUCCCUGGACAACGUGAAGCAGUUCUAUCGCACACUGAUCAACUUCCUGGCUCACAACAGCCUGACGGUGGUGGUUUUCACGCUGUCCAUCCUGGCCAGCCUCACCAUGAACGAGAAGGUGGGAGAGAAGCUCUUUGACGCAAAAAACAUCCACCAGACCUUUCAGCUCGUGUUCAACAUCAUCGUCAACGGCGACGGUACUCUCACCAGGAAGUACGCGGUUGACCUGUUGGUUGACCUUUUGAAAAACCCCAAAAUCGCAGAUUACCUCACCAGGUAUCGGCACUUCUCAGCAUGCGUGUCUCAGGUUUUAGGUCUGCUGCACUCAAAGGACCCGGACUCUGCAGCCAAGGUGUUGGAGCUUCUCCUGGCGAUGUGCAGCGUCUCGGGUCUGCGAUCGCUGCUGUGCCACGUGGUCUUCAGACCAGCGGGACCUAAACUGGCAGCUGGAGGACGGCAGCAGGGAGCGGGGCUGGACGCUGGGCGGAAGGCGGAGUGUGGUCUGGCUCUGGUGCAGUGGCUGAGCUCGCCGGUGGAGGGAGCUGAAGCUUGUUCUCUGCAGGCCCUGCAGCUGCUGGAGGAACUGCUGCAGGAGUCGCUGGGAGCAGACGGCGUGUCUGAAUGUGCGCUGAGCUUCGUGGAGAUGCUGCUGCCGGUCCUGCUGGAGCUGUUGACGGGCCUGGAUCUGAGCCGAGGAGACGGCCACCUCAGCAGACACUGCCAGCGCGUCACACACGUCACCAGCCUGCUGCUGGUCCUGUGUGCCGAGGACUCCAGCAGAUGUUUAGUGUCCCAUCAGGUGAGCGCUCAGCCCUGCCUCGCCCUGGUGGAGUCCCUCCUGUCCUGUUGUCAUGGCAACAGCCCCGUCACCCACCUGCCGUCUGGCUCCGAUAAUGAUCUCAGUCAGGUGUCGGCAGAGGCUCUUCUGAAAACCCUGGAGCUAAUGAGCAAACUGAGACGGCAGGUGGAGGACAUGGAGACCAGCUUCUACAGGAUGUUACAGGACCAGAGGAUCGUGACGCCUCUUUCCCUGGCGCUGACGUCCCACCGCACAGACCAGGUGCAGACGGGACUCGCCCUCUUGUUUGAGGCUACUCCCCUCCCAGACUUCCCCUCAUUGGUCCUGGGGGAAAGCAUCGCCGCCAACAACGCCUACCGCCAGAGGGAGGCGGAGCUGUCGCCCCGGCGCGUUGCCGGGCAGGACGUGCUGCCUCCCAGGACUAACGGCAGCACGCUGGACUCGUCUCACGCCUCCAGAAGUCUGAACAGUCUGGCUGAGAAGAUGCAGACCGGCUUGGAGCUGCAGGAGCAGAUGAAGGAGCCUCGCGUGUCUGACAUCAUCGAGGUUUAUGAACAGAAACUCGCAGCUUCUGCGUCGAAGGAAAGCCGUCUGCAGGACGUGUUGGAGGCGAAGGCUCUGGCUCUCUCCCAGGCCGACCGGCUCAUGGCUCAGUACCGGUUCCUGCGAGCCCAGGCGGAGGCUGAGGCUCGUCAGCUGGCCGGCUUGUUGAAGGAGGCGGAGCGGCGGCGGGAGGAGCUGCAGGGAGAGCUCAGCUCCCAGGUUCUGGAGGUGGAGAGAUCCCGGGCAGACAUGGAGGAGCUGCUUCAGCACAACGCCCGGCUGCAGAGGGACUCUGAAGAGCACCAGGCCCUCAAGGGAGCCUACAACGCCCUGCUCAGCAGGUUUACUGAGACGGAGCGGCUGCUGAAGGAGCUGCAGACGGCCCACGCCGCUCUCAGCAGGCAGACUGACGCGCUGAGGAAGAACCACGAAGCCCUGCAGCAGCAGCAGGACAGGCUGGAGGAGGUUCUGCAGGGGAGAGAGGCGGAGAUCCAGACGCUCCACUCAGACCUGCAAACAAAGAACACGGACAUCUCAGGUCUGCAGGCUGAGCUCCGAGCUGAGGAGGCCAGGUGGAAGGAGAAGGACAGGGAGAGGAGAGAGCUGGAGCAGCAGCUCAGGAAGGACCUCAGUAAGACGGAGCAGGCCAGGAAGGACGCCAGCAUCAAGGCGUCGUCCCUGGAGCUGCAGAAGAGCCAGCUGGAGACGAAGCUGAAGCAGAGAGAUGACGAGCUGAACAAACACUCGGCCAUGAUCGCCAUGAUCCACAGCCUCAGCAGCGGCAAGACCAAGAGCGACGUCAACCUGUCGCUCUGAGCAGCGUCGGCCUGUCGGGACCAGUCACGCAAAGAAAAGACAAAGAAAAGACUUUGCUCCAUCACCACGGAACAUGGAUUUUAAACUUUUAACAAACUCUCUUAUAUUUACUUAAAAACAAAUAAAUGAUUUAAACUGAA